AUGAGAAAGGCCAAUUUGUUCCGUCCUGAGUCGGCCAUCCCACGCAUGUCAUGGUCGCCUAGGAACUUGUACAAUCUGAUUGCUCGCUCAUCCACGGGUCGUCUCGUAAAUGAGCUUAAUUUCACAAAGACAAGUAUGACCAUGUAUCAGCAACGUUGGCGCUCAAAGCGCAUGCUUCGUGGCUAUCAUGGCGACUGGAUUCCAGAGCGUCGUUUCAAACGUUGGUUCCUUCCAACUUCUCUUCCAAGUUAUGCACCUUCGUUCCUCAGCACAGUAAAGCCUUUGUCUGAUGCGGACGAAAGUGAUCAUGCUCUUGAUUCUCCCACGCCGCCGGUCAAAAGCCUGUUCAUGCGUGACGUUGAACGCCGCAUCGACACAGCCGUUUUCCGCUGCUGCUUUGCUCACAGUGUGUACUAUGCUCGGUCACUUGUUCUGCAUGGCAAAGUUAGUCUGAAUGGAAAUGUGCACAGAGAUCCGGGCUACCUCUUGCAGCCAGGGGAUCUUCUCUCUGUUGAACCAUCUUGUGUGCCCAUGCUCAAUGGGCACGUCGCAAAGCGUGUGCAAGCCGAUCGUGAGCGCCAUGCUGUCAAAAAAAGCCCUCCUGAGGUUCAGGAGUCACCAACUCCCACUAAGGAGAAUGGUGAUGCAAGCGUAAUGACUGAGCGUAGCGAAGCCAAUGCCUCUGCGGAAAAUGGAAUGGCUUUAUCGGAGUCGGGCGAAUCUGCCGAAGGAGCCCCUGCUGCCGCAUCAGAGGAUGUGAAGCCUGCCACCAAUACCGCGGAACAUUCUGAGGAAAGGUCAAAAUCCCAACACUCGGCGCAGAACGAUUUGCCCGCUGGCGUCCUUCCUUUCCAUUUGCCGCCAUUCGCUGCACCCUUCCUGUUUGUACCGCCUUACUUGGACGUAAGUUUCAGAACUUGCUCAGCGAUUUACCUGCGUCAUCCAACUCUGUCUACUUCGAUCAUUCGCUCGCGCAAUAACAAUAGGGACAGUAAGCGGCCAUCCACUGAGGUGGUCUACCGCACGGACAUCCCAUCGCCGUACCCGGCUGGUGGCGAUAUGUUUGGUCUUGCGUGGGAGCUAUACGUGCGCAAUGCACCGCGCGUUCGUUCGGAUGAGCGCCGAACCAAGCAUAUCGGACGUUACGGCCACAAUGGAUUUGAGGCUGCCCGUGCUUUUGAGCAGGAUCGCCGUCGUGUUGCCAUCCGUCGUGGAUGGGGCAGAAAACGCCGCAUCCCACUCCCCCAGCAGCCACAGGCUCCCGCUCAUGCCUCCUUACCAAACACGUCUCAAUAG